AUUUUUUCUGUUGUUGUGUUCUUUUCCAUGAGUUUAUCAUUGAAUGUUUCGUUUUUUCGUUUUGUUCCAAUACAAAAACUCACGUGUAAUAUCUUUCUAUUUCUUUUUUCCCAAAAAUCUUUGAGUCUUUAUCCGGAAAUAAAAUUAUUCGGACAAUCAAAAUGAUGAUGAUGUUUAUCGAAUAUUCAUUGUGAUUUUCACAUCAAAUUAUCAAAAAUGGAUUCCGAAACUAAUCCAAAACAAUCAUCAUCGUCAUAUCGACGAAUAAAACAACGGCAAAAUUUUUCCAAUUCAUCAAAUCAUCAACAUCAUUAUCAUCAUCAACAACAACGAAUACGUAAUAAUCAGGAUAAUCAUCGUUCAAGAAAUUGGUAUCAUAAAACAAAUUCUGAACAAACCAAAGAUAAUGAAACAACAGCAAUACCUGCAGUAAAAAUUUUAGCCAAAUCGAAUAAACUUCCAUCAUCAUCGUCAAAUGAUGCAACUUCAAGUCAACAACAUGAUCAGGAUACAGAUCGAAAUUCAACACCGAACAAUGUUUCAGUUGUUGUUAAACCAAGACCAUCGAUUUUGGACAAAAAUUUUGUCAAGCAAAUUCAAACAUUAAGAAUUAAUAAUAACGUCGUUCAAUCGGAAACGACAACUGCCGUUAACAAACCAAAAUAUAUGAAAAUUAUUGAUUUUGAAUUUAAUUUUAUUCAACAACAAUCAUCGGAUACAUCAUCAUGGCUAUUGCCUGAUCUUAAUCCGACGACAUUGUCAACAACUUCGAAUAAUGGUCCAUCAUCAUCAUCGUCAAAGCAAGGAAUAUUUGGUGGUGGUGGUGGUGCUAACAUUGGUGGUUGUGGUCAAAGUUUUUCAAUUGUAGCUGCUGUUGGUUUAGAUGGUGUUGGAAAAUCAUCAUUAUUAAAUUCAUUAGCACAAUUUAAUGUAUUUGAAACAAGGAAAAUGAUGUCGGAAAAAAAUCGUGAAACACCAUUAAAUCAUGUAACAAAUGGUAUUGAUAUGCAUAUUACAUGUGAACGUUUAUUUCUAUUGGAUACACAGCCAUUAUUAAGUGCUUCUGUAUUGGAAAAUCUUAUACGAAUUAAUACGGAAAAAUUUGGUUCAUCAGGUGCCAUUGCUACUGGUGCUGGUGGUGGUGGUAGCCAAAAUAAUCAUCAUAAUUCAACAUCAGCGAUGAAUUCAAAUAGUGGAUCAUCAUCAACAUCGACCGGAACAAAACAUUUUUAUAAUUCAAAUCAAAUGUCAACACCAAUAUUUUCACAAGUAGUUGGUUUUGAUAUUGGUGAAACAGAAAAUUUUGCAUUCAUUUAUUCAUUACAAAUGUUAACAUUUUUAUUAUCAAUAUCGGAUCAUUUGAUAAUCGUAAUGGAUUCAUUUUGUUUGGAUGUUAAUCUUUUUAAAUUAUUAGCCACAUCAUUAAUGAUGGUUGGUGAUGCAUUAAUGGCUAAAACAAAUUUAAUAAUAUAUUUUCGUACAACAACAAGUAAAUCAACAACCAAUAAUGAUUUGGAACAACAACGACGAUCAUCAUCAUCAUCGUAUACAAUGGCAAUGAAUUUUGAAACAAAAUUUCGACGUUUUAUUGAAACAAUCCUUGGGCCUAAUGUUCAAAUGGAUUUUAUACAUAAUGAUGAACAACGAUUAAUUAAUAAAGUAUUGCGGCCACCAAAUUCACGUUCAUUAGUAAAUCUAGAACAAUCAUGUGCAUCGAUUAAUUAUCAUUCUGAAUAUCAAUGGUUUCAAUCGGUACAAAAAUUUUGGGAUACAUCUAUACGUAAAUCAACAUUGUUUGCUGAUUAUGCAAGAUAUUUACCAUGAACAAGGAUUCAAAGCAGAAAUAAAGAAAGAAAAAAAUGAUCCAAACCAAUGGAAUAUAUCAAUUUUUUUCUGAACAUUUUCAUUCGGAAUUUGGUUUGUUUUUUUCGUUUUCGAAAAAACGAAUCAAUUCC